UAUUUCAAAAAAUCGCAACGAUCUGAAAAUUCCUUCCCGUUGUAGCCCUUCCAUCUCCAUUUUCACCCAUUUCUUCCCAUUCUACCCUCCUUACGGAGAAAUCAAAGCUCCCUCGCCGGAAAAAAAUGGCUAUCUUCUCAAAGAGCUCAAAUACCUGGAUUUUCUCUAUCAAAGCUCUCCUUCUCUCGACUUUAGUUCUCUCCGCAGCUCUUGUUUUAAACCUCUCCGUUCCCAUGCUGCGGGAGUUCUUUAUUUCGGUGGUCCCUCAGAUCUGGCGCUGCAUCCUUUCAUGGUUGACGCCCCCGUACCUCUACUUCGUCAUCAACGGCAUCAUCAUCUCCAUCGCCGCAUCCUCGAAGUUCCACCACAAGUCCGAUGACGUGGCGGAGCCAGUGGGGUCGAAGAAUCCGGUGGAGAUGCGGCCAGAUCUCGUGGUUCCGUUGCAGUACGAGACCGCGGUGCUGAAGAGUCCGGCGGCGUUCCGGCCGGACUUUGAUGCUCCAGUGCAUUACGAGCCUAUGGUGUUGCUGACUCCGGCGGGGAUCCGGCCGGAUUUUGAGGUUUCGGAGGCUGCAGCGACGGACAAAGAGACGGAGGGUAGUGCUUUGGAUUCGACGGAAGGGGGAGAGGAUGAGGACGAGUUCGUCUUAUCGAAGUCGGAGUGGACGCGAAAACGGAGAAAUGCGACGGAAUAUUCGCUUCUGAAGGAGAAACCUCUGGUUUCCGUUAGAUUUGCACACAAGAAGAACGUGAAAGCGAGCCCCGAUGGCAGCAGGGCCUUGGGCGUGGCGAAGCCGAAACGGGGCGAGACGCUCGAGAGCACGUGGAAGACGAUCACGGAUGGCCGUCCGAUGCCGCUGACCCGCCACCUCAAGAAAUCUGACACGUGGGAGACGCACGUCCGAGCACGUACCGAGGACGCGUGCUCCCCUGCGAUGAAGAAAUCGGAUACGAUGAGGGAGAAGAGAUCGUCACCAUCGCCCUCUCCCGGGUCGGGAAAGCUCCUCAGGAAGGAAUCGUCGCUGGGUCAGGACGACUUGAAUCGGCGAGUCGAAGCGUUCAUAAAGAGAUUCAACGAGGAAAUGAGGCUGCAAAGGCAAGAAUCCUUAAAGCAUUACACGGAGAUGAUCAACCGUGGAAGUCAUUAAGAAAAUCGGUCCUUUUUAUUUUUAUUUCACUCUUUUAUCCUUUUAUGUGAAGUAAAAAUGGCUUUUGUUUUUUUAUUUUUUCUUCAGAUUUUAGAAGGAUAACGCUUGAAUUUCUGA